CCGUCAUUUCCCCUCCUACACAGCCCAGUUGGGCAUGCGCACUGCUUGUCCUCCGAGAAGGCCAGGCUUUUCCCGCCCUUCCCUGGCCUCCGGAGGACAGUCAGAGUUCACGCUCCUCUCUGGGGAUACCUGCUCGAAGCCAGAGGAUGCCGGGACUAGUAGGUGGCGGACGUCCUUCUGGCCAAGAAUCUUAAGGGGCAAAGGACAGACUUUGGGACUAUUAACUCCAUCAAGAGCCAGGAGGCGGGAAGAGGUGUGUGGGCGGGGUCAGGGGUGAAGGGUCACAGGGCUGCGAAGGGGGCGGAGCGAGCCGGAGGCGGAUGGCGGCUGCGGCGGCUCUUCAUCUUUGGCGGCAGAGUCACUGAAGCGGGGACGCGGGUCAGGAGCGUCCGGCAGUGGGAGAAGAGCGGCGGCCGCUCUCAACAUGCACAGCCUGGCGACGGCUGCGCCUGUGCCUACUGCACUGGCUCAAGUAGACAGAGAAAAAAUCUAUCAGUGGAUCAAUGAGCUGUCCAGUCCUGAGACAAGGGAAAAUGCUUUGCUGGAGCUGAGUAAGAAGCGAGAAUCUGUUCCUGACCUUGCACCCAUGCUGUGGCAUUCAUUUGGUACUAUUGCAGCACUUUUACAGGAAAUUGUAAAUAUUUAUCCAUCCAUCAACCCACCCACCUUGACAGCACACCAAUCUAACAGAGUUUGCAAUGCUCUGGCAUUACUGCAAUGUGUGGCAUCACACCCGGAAACCAGGUCAGCAUUUCUUGCAGCACACAUCCCACUUUUUUUGUACCCCUUUUUGCACACUGUCAGCAAAACGCGUCCCUUUGAGUAUCUUCGGCUAACCAGUCUUGGAGUUAUUGGGGCCCUAGUGAAAACAGAUGAGCAGGAAGUAAUCAACUUUUUAUUGACAACAGAAAUCAUCCCUUUGUGUUUGCGCAUUAUGGAAUCUGGAAGUGAACUUUCUAAAACGGUUGCCACGUUCAUCCUCCAGAAGAUCCUUUUAGAUGACACAGGUUUGGCAUAUAUAUGUCAGACAUAUGAGCGUUUCUCCCAUGUUGCCAUGAUUUUGGGUAAGAUGGUCCUGCAGCUAUCCAAAGAGCCUUCUGCCCGUCUGCUGAAGCAUGUAGUGAGAUGUUACCUUCGACUCUCAGAUAAUCCCAGGGCACGUGAAGCGCUCAGGCAGUGCCUCCCUGACCAGCUGAAGGACACGACCUUCGCCCAGGUGCUAAAAGACGACACCACCACGAAACGCUGGCUUGCACAACUGGUGAAGAACCUGCAAGAGGGCCAGGUCACCGAUCCCCGGGGUAUCCCCCUGCCCCCUCAGUGAUCCUCCCCCGCCCCCUUCCACUGCUCCCCCAAGUUGGGGACAGGAGGGGGAACCUGCGAGGAAAACAGCUCAGGUUUUACCGCCGACCGGGAAUAGACAACCUCAACGCUGAACUGCACUGGAGAAGAGGGGCAAGGUGACCCCGCUUGAGGAGUGUGGGCUGCCAUCUCAGGCCGCCUCCAGGACCUGGGCUCCCUCCACUCCUCCCAGGAGAUGGGCUCCUGACACAGCAGUCUGCCACCACAGCUCCAGGAGGGUGUCCACACCAGCAAAUGCUGUGUCUGCAGCAUGCCCGAGAUGGCCCUUCUCCCCCACCUCCACCAGCCACUGGCGGGGAGGGGAGGCAGGGUGGUGGCAGCAGCACUGUAGGCAUGCUGAGCGCCUGGGACCAAGCCAGGUGGCGGUUUUUUAUUUUGCCUUCCUGGAAGACUCAAGAUGUGUCUCUUCAUCCUCUCUCUCAGUAUUUGUUUACUUUGGUCUUUUGUUUUUAAUGUCAGAGAGAGGUGUGUUUAGUGGACACAAGCUGUAAUACUCAGCAAAACUUUGUCAAUUGGCACUGUUUACAAGUCUGUUAGCUGCAUAAGCUUAAUAAAAAGUUGGUCUGGGCAUUACAUCCCCUCUAGCAGGCCAAUAGCUGCAUGAACUGUGGGGAGGAAUGGGAAGCAGGGGAUAGAGAAAGCCAAAGGACAACAGGACCCCACCUCCUCUUUCCGUUCCCUUUCUGUUCUUCCGCCCCCAGUUCCGGAUGCCACAAGGACCCUAACCUUGUUUCUGGCUCCAGCUGCUAGCUUUUCCAAAUCUCAGUGCUUUUCUCUUUUUUACAUCCCUCGUAUUAAAACUUUAACAGACGUCUUAAUUCAUCAGGCUGUCCUGGGAGGGUAUUGUACUGGGGGAGGAGAGACAGCAGUGGACCUCACCUUGAAUUCCAGUCCUUGGAGAGAUUUUCUGGGUGACUUAAAGGGGAGGUGCCUGGGAUCAAGAUGAUAGGCUACUCGAUCCCGUUCUUUGCUUUAGUGUGAGUUCCUGUAGCUCCAUCUGUCUUCAUAAUUGUACUUGAAGUGGUAUUAGCUGAAUGAACGCAUUAUUCAGAUUUAAGAUGGAGGACUGGACUCUGCUUCUUCACUGAAGUCUCCUUUUUUUUGGACACAUUCCCUAUUGGUCUAUGGGAAUUACAGGGUUGACACUAAAACAUUUCCAGCUUGUUCAUAUUGUGUCAGAGAGUCCCCCUUCUGUCUUUGGAGCUCUAGAUAACUCUUCACACUCCAUUGGCUUGAAUCUGUAACGUGGUGUAAACUGUCUUGCUUUCCUCUAGUCCUUCCCCCUGCCAACACCUGCUUGCUCUCUCUCAUCCCCAUCUCCAAUCACAGAUGGGAUUACUAGUCAAGUCUAGAGAGAGACAAAGUAUUUUCUGUCCACAUCUUACACAAAUGAAGGUGCCUCCAAACAAGUUGGGCCAGGAGGCGGGGGGCUGUCUGCAAGCGGCAAGCUCAGAGAAACCUUUGCAGAGACAGUUUUGCCAACAUGAGGGCUCUUUCAAGCCGACUUUCACCGAGAGAGCCGGCCUUGUUAGUUGGCUUCUGUCUCUUUAGAACCAAGAAAGUAGCAAUUGAGUAGCCUAGAUGUAGAAAGGGUAGAAUAAGCACUUAUUCCCCUGCCUUCCAAAAAUGAAGAGGAGAAUCAGGUCAGCUCUCAGUCUCAAGCCUGAAGAGAAGAGGUCUUGGAGAAAGCAGAGAACAACAUGGACCAGAUAGACGUCUGGACCUCCUUCAGCCCUUAGUUUGUGAUCUGGAGAGUCCAGCUAAGAUAUCCCUUAUUUUUGCCAACUGCCUUCCUGCUGAGCCAAAGUUUCUCAUUCCCCCUCCACUGAGGAAGCAGCUGAGGCCCAGGGCCUUGCUCCCUGGGAGAUUCUCUUCUCUCUCCAUCUUUUGGUGCGUUGGCCAUGUUACUGUGCCAACAGUGUCUUAAUUCCUGUUCCAUCUAUUCUCAGCUGGUCUUGGACCGCACACAGGAGUUGGGGGAGGGGUGGAAAUGGGUAUUAUUCCUUGUAGUUGAUCCUGAUGCCUUAUGUGUAUAAAGAGACCCCUCCAUUUUUUGUUUUCCUUCCCUCUCACACCCUAACAGGAUUGAAAUAAAACCUGUUUCUGAUUUUAUAAAAAUAAUUUUUCCUUUAAA